AGUACUGUGUAGUAUUCUUUCCACUGCCUACUGCUACAAUUGUAUAUCAAUGUAUAUAUAUAUAUAUACCUAUACAAAAGGCAUAACACACAAUAAUAAUAUAAUAGGGAAUACUGAAUUGUGAAUGUGUGUGCGCGAGUAUGUGAAAGAUACCAAAAGAAACGAUUUUGUUACAUGUGUCAUGUGCGCGUGUAAAGAGGAUAUGGUCUCGUAAUACGUGAAAUAAUUAGAUAAAACCGAAUCCGGAUGGAGAUUUAGGAUAAAUGUAUGUUAUAUUAUUGUAGUUCUGUAGAACUGUGAACGAACACAGUUCACGUCUACGUUGUUUCAAGUGCGCGGUUAUAUUAUUUUCGUGAGUUUAAAAUGUGUAGUUGUUUAAGAAAAUUGGCUACUUUCUACGAGGCGUUUCAAUGAAGAAAUUAUGUCGCCACCGACUAUGAGUAUUCAGCAUCCAAAUUUCGGGAAAUGACAAUGAGAGAAAAUUAUGAAUUUGAUCCGAGCAAGAUUAUGGCUGGCAGUCGUUUUAAUUUCGUCCGUCUUCCAAACCGUUUUUUCACACUCGAACAACAGAACGAUCGAAAGAUGUAAUGGUACCGAUUCGGAUUGCCUGAAAUGUGAUGUAGAUGGAUUUUGCAAAAAAUGCAGGAAAUUUUUAAUCGUCACUACGGGCCAAUGCGUUGAUACUUGUCCAUCAGGAUAUGAAUACACGUGGUCAACAAAUGAUCAUCAAAUGGGUCGUGUAUGCUCUUUAACAGAUAAAGCAGUGUUUGGUAAUUUAAAAUUAUCUGGUCAAACUAUUGCAAUUGCAGUUGGUAUCAUCAUUGGAUUUGUCAUUUGUUCGACCAUUUUACUAGUUGUCGGAAUGACAAUCAAGUUUAAAAAAUGUGCACACUUUAGAUCAAAAACUCGUAUGUCUCCUAGUUUAGGACCGCUAACUAAUGGUUCUCAUCGAAGUCAAGAAAGUGACGACUGUGAUAGACUAGAGUUCUUUAAACAGUUGGAUAACUUACGACCAGAGGCUCCGGUUUUUUUAUCUAUGUUAAAUGAAACGAGGAAACAAGUGCGUGAGCUUCAAGGUCCUAGUCGACAACAUUCUGCUAUCCAAGCCUAUCGGCCAGUUUUAAAAGAUUUAUCUAGGAUUUUAAUAUUAUUAAAUAAAGAAGACUGCUAUAUAAAUCCACCUGCAGACUGGGAAACUUUAUUAGCUUGGGGUGAUAGAGUAUUGCGAAGAUAUAAAAAACAGCAUCCCAUAAUGCAGGCGACUCAACCAAAUACCAAUGAACACUUCAACGAUAAACCAAUUCAGCUAACGACAUUCACAAAUAGCAAAAAACAUAGACCAUUAUCUGCAUCUUCAUCGUCACCAUCUCGAAUUAAACAAUUAGCGAUCUCAGUGUUUGAUGACAAUUAUAGUGAUCACAAUAGGCAUCAAGAUGAAAAUGAUGAAGUCAUCAUGUUGAAAGAGAAAACUAUGUCCAGUUUUGGUCGAUCUACUAGUCCUGCCUCUUUUUCAUUACUAAAUACUAAUGCAUCGAAAAGUAUGUUAGUAGCCGAGUGGAAUGCCGAGGUCCCUCCUUACAAUUGUUAUUCGACCACCACCGAUGAUGAUGAUUUUUUCACGCUUGGCUUUAGGCCACAAGAUGAAAUAACAACAGAACUCUAAGAUUUUUAUUUACAUAUUUAGACUAUUUUAUUCUUGGAGAAUUGUUAUGAUUUAGUCAAGAGAGCGACUACCAAAACUAUUUUGUAUUAUAUUGUCCCAUUUAUUAUUAUUAUUAUUUAUAAAUAAGUAUUUAUAAUUUAUUGUAUCAAAAAGGUAUAUCAAACUCGAAAUAACAA